ACAACCCCCCUCCCUAAACUUGUCCCCCAAGGUGAUGCUAAAUUGCUAAUACACCCAUACGAAUACCAGUCACGGAACAGUGUGUAAUAUCGAUUCGAAGAGUGUAGAUCCGGAUUAACAACAGGAAGAAGAAUGGAGUGCGUGUUUGGACUGGUGGGCGACGGGUUUGCUGUGGUGGUGGCGGACACUUCAGCUGUGCACAGCAUACUGGUGCACAAGUCCAACGAGGACAAGAUCAUGGUCCUCGACUCUCACAAGCUCAUCGCCGCUAGCGGCGAGCCCGGCGACAGAGUUCAAUUCACGGAGUACAUACAGAAGAACGUGGCGCUUUAUCAGUUCCGCAAUGGGAUUCCUUUGACCACCGCCGCGGCUGCCAACUUUACCCGAGGCGAGCUCGCCACCGCGUUGCGUAAGAACCCAUAUUCUGUGAAUAUCCUUCUGGCUGGCUACGACAAGGAGACAGGCCCAGCUCUUUACUACAUCGACUAUAUUGCCACACUACACAAAGUUGACAAGGGUGCAUUUGGUUAUGGGUCCUAUUUUUCCCUCUCCACAAUGGACAGACACUACCACAGCCGCAUGUCGGUAGAAGAAGCAAUUGACUUGGUUGAUAAGUGCAUUGUGGAGAUUCGAUCCCGGCUGGUUGUGGCGCCACCGAAUUUUGUCAUCAAGAUUGUUGACAAGGAUGGAGCAAGGGAGUAUGCCUGGCGUGAAACCGUAAAGGAUUCUGUUGCUUCUUCAGCUUGAAUCCUUUCUCCUUUUUAAUUUAUUUCCCUUUUUUUUUUUAUGGAGUAUUAAUGCAACAGUUGCAACUCUUCUGUUUUUCUUUCUAUAAGCGAGACUCAUUCGACAAUGCCAUUAUUUACUUCUCACAAGAUUAUAUAUUACACACUUCUGCUAUUCGUAUCUUAUUGCGAUGAUGUCACAUUGUCAAUCAAUUAUUGAAUUUAGUAUUUUGGAAAA